AUGUUGCGUUACGUUACGUCUCUGCUAUCUUAGAGGAAGGCAAAGACGGUCCAAAAAUAAUUUUAUCUUCCAGAAUAACCUUUAAUUAAGUUCAAAAUACGUAAUCGAAGAUGUCUUUAAUUAGCAGAAACAUUUUCCGAGCCCUGGUGCAGGGAUCUCAACAUGUUAGCAAAGGUGUACACACAAGUGCGGUAAACACUAAGGAAAAUGUAUGUUUUGCUCCACAAUCAAUCAGCACCCUGCAACCGAACGCGUCCAAGGAGGGCCGUAUCAAGUGCACUCUGAUCCCUGGAGAUGGCGUCGGCCCUGAAUUGGUCUAUUCUGUCCAGGAAGUGUUUAAGGCGGCCGGUAUACCUGUGGAUUUCGAGUCAUUCUUCUUCUCAGAAGUAAACCCAACGCUCAGUGCGCCGCUCGAAGACGUCGUAAACUCCAUCACCAGGAACAAGAUAUGUAUCAAGGGUAUUCUGGCAACACCGGACUUUUCCCACACGGGCGAGCUCCAAACCUUGAACAUGAAGCUCCGUAACGCUCUGGACCUCUACGCGAACGUCGUACACGUCAAGUCUUUACCCAACGUCAAGUGUCGCCACCACGACGUAGACUGCAUCAUUAUUAGGGAGCAGACAGAGGGCGAAUAUUCUGCGCUAGAACACGAAUCUGUACCCGGUGUCGUGGAAUGCUUGAAGAUCAUUACUGCUGCAAAAUCGGAGCGUAUCGCCAAGUUCGCGUUCGAUUACGCGGUGAAGAUGGGACGUAAGAAGGUCACCGCUGUACAUAAAGCUAAUAUCAUGAAACUUGGCGACGGGCUCUUCUUACGCAGCUGUGAAGAGAUGGCAAAGCUGUACCCGCGCAUCCAGUUCGAGAAGAUGAUCGUGGACAACUGCACGAUGCAGAUGGUAUCGAAUCCAAAUCAGUUUGACGUGAUGGUGACCCCGAACUUGUACGGAAACAUCGUGGACAACCUCGCGAGCGGACUCGUCGGUGGAGCAGGAGUAGUGGCAGGAGCAUCAUACAGCGCCGAGUGCGCCGUGUUCGAACAGGGCGCUCGUCACAUCUUCUCCGGCGCGGUGGGCAAGAAUAUCGCCAACCCGACCGCCAUGUUGCUCUGUUCCGCCAAUCUGUUGUCACACGUCAACCUGCCCAAAUACUCGCGCAUGAUCAAAAACGCCAUCAACACGGUGUUAAAAGACGGCAAAGUGAGGACCAAAGACCUUGGAGGACAAUCGACCACUAAAGAUUUCACUUACGCCGUCAUCCACUGCUUGUCGUAAACAAAGCAAGCCGCUCCUAAUAACCAUAAGAUUAUUUAUUUUUAAAAUAGAAAGUGACUAAUUAGAAAAUGAUCUGUCAAAUCAAAUUAAUGUUCAGUAUUUUUUUUUUUAUUGUAAGUAGACAAAAUGUGUUACCAUUGUAAAUAUGAAUAAUAAAACUAAAUGAUAAUGUUUUUA